CAUAUCAUUUACGAGGAUUGAAAUCGAAAAAUGCGCUGCUUUAUUCUAACUGCAUGAGCGAUAUUCAUAUUUCGGUUUCACAUGGAGGUGUUCACAUUUAACAUGGAGUUUAAAGUUAGCCACUAUUCGACUAUAUAACCGCACCGAGUUGUACACAACAGUAAUUGAUUGAACGAAAAUGUCAGUAAACCGCAGCAAUAUUGGGUACACUCGCAAUAUGAGGGAUUUGACGUUUUAGUCGUACCCCUGAACAAAACCGACGGUCCGACUGUAAAAUAAGGAAUUGAAUGAUGGACUUUUCUAACCGCUGCCUAGGAUGUUUAUCAAAUGAUGAAGAAAAUUUACGCCCGCUGAAUGAAUCAAGUAUUGUAGAAUUGUUCGAAGAAUGCGUCAGAAUACAGAUAAAAAAGGAACCAGAAUUUCCCAAAAAUAUUUGUGGCUCUUGCUAUGGGAAAUGUACCUCGUGGAGUAAGUUCAAACAACAGUGUUGGGAAACCAACGAUUUACUGAAUCUUAAAUUCGUAAUCAACUCGCGUGAUAGUGAUGCUAAAAAUUAUGUUAGCAGCACAAUUUGUAUAGAAAACAAACAAUCAAUCCCAGAAACACAACCAACGAUUGAAGAUUGUGUCAUUCAGGAAGAAUUGAGCUCAGAAAAAUCGUAUAAUGAAGAAGGCGACUUUUCGGAAAACGUAGUCGAAACCGAGGAGUUUGCUGAAAGUAACCAUGCGGCCGAAGUUGCCAUUGAUGAUGAUUUUAUGGAAGAGAAAGCACUUUACGAUAAUAAUCAUGACGAAACUGUGAACAUCGAAGAGGGUUCUAAACACGACAUAGUUAAUUUUUAUCGUACAGAUAGUAAUGGCAAGAGAAAACGAACUAACAAGUGCAAUCAAUGCGGUCAUCAAUUCCGAAGCAAUGAUCGCUAUCUCGCGCAUCUUCGUCACCAUCAGGGUUUGAAGCCGGAAGUUUGUCAGAGCUGUGGUAAAGAGUUCAACAGCUCACGAGCGUUGCGUCGCCACAUGCAGAAACAUGAUACCGUGAAGAAGCAUGAAUGUAAAGACUGUGGCAAGAGUUAUAAAUAUGCUACAUCUUUGACACUUCAUCGGAAAAGUCAUCAAACUAACGCGAAGUACGUCUGUGACCUCUGUGGUAAAUCAUUCAUAAGAGCACAUGGGUUGAAGAGUCAUCUUCUAACACACACAACAGAGACUCCUUUUGGUUGCGAUGAAUGUCCAAAGCAGUUUAAAAAUGAAAUCAUGCUCCGGAAUCACAUUUCCCGCACACAUGAAGGUGUGCGGAAGUUUGGCUGUUCAGAUUGUGGUAAAGCAUUCAAAACUGGCGCGGAGUUGAACAUUCAUAUUCGAAGCCACACGAAUCAGAAGCCUUACGCAUGCACACAGUGCGAUAAAUGUUACAAAACCCAGAGUCAUCUUGCUGUGCAUUUUCGUUCUGUCCAUACAUCGAACCGCCCUUAUGCGUGUGAUUUCUGUUCGCUAACAUUUGCCCAUAGCAAAGUCCUAAAACAUCACCGACUUAUCCAUACAGGAGAGCGACCGUGGAGCUGCACUAUUUGCGGUCAAACAUUCCGACAGAAAAGCACCCUUCAAGGACAUUUGAAAACACACGAGAAGCAGUCUUCCGCGCAGAAUCAUCCUCUUCCUGAACCGGUGCAGCUACCCAAGACCCUAACAUUAUUAGAAUAAAUGGUGGUCAUUAUGAAGAAAAGAUAACUUUCGCCGCUUCAACAAAUAUAACAUCGGGUUUCAAUGCGCCAAGAGAUUCUACGGUAAAAAUAAAAUGAUUUCGCACCCUACUCAUGGUGACCGCAUCCGCCAGUUGAGGAUAACGAUACACAUUCCGACUACAGCUGUCAUAACGAGCAUCCUUCACGUACGCCUGGUCGCCUUUGUCGAUGCUAAUCACUCCGGGUGAAAAGCAUUUCUGCAACAAAAACGCAUCGCUUCCCACUACUGGUCGAUUAAGACGAAUUUCCGGCAACAAACGGUACGAAGCGGUGGCAACGGGAGAAAAUUUCGCGUGAUCCUUCCCAACUCCUUUGACCGCAAAAAGCUUAAUGUCGAAUUCAUGACCCGGACGCAUUUUACUGAUCAGAAUGUCAUCGUCUAUUGGGCCAACAUCCUCUUCCUUAUAAAUCGAUGCUUGAUUCCCUACGGGAAUCCAUCUGAUCUGAUGAGAGUAGACACUGUGAUUUUUGUACAUAAUCUCGUUGUUCGAAACGUCGGUAGAAUCCUUGUUUUUCUUCGUACACUUGACCUUCAACUCAAACUCUAGCGUAUCCAACGCAUUGGCCGGAUCAUUCUCGUUUCCUUUGUACUCAAACAACCUCGGAUCGGCUUUCAACGGAAUCAACCCUAGUCUGUGGGCGAGGACCUCAUCUUGAAUGAUGGAGGUGUUGUUGUAAAUGUGCACCUUCUCAAUUGCCAUACUGGGCACUUCGCUCAACAUUAGCCUGCGGAAGGCGUUAGCAAUCGCCGGACUUACCCCAAUCAUAUCAAAUUCGAGCUCCCUUUCUUCGUAGCGAACGAUAACGAUUUGUAGUUGUGAUUUGAACUUUUCAAAGUCCCAAAAUUCAUCUGCCAAGCCAUAAUCGUUGGCAUCCUGCUUGAUCUUAUACUCUUCGAGGUAUAUACGUGGUGUCUCUGAU